AUGAGGGUAGAGAGGUUCGUUCAAGGCCUAAAGGACAGUAUACGAAGUAUUGUGCGAGCCUUCAAACCAACCACUCAUGCUGAGGCACUUCGCUUGGCAGUUGAGGUGGACCCACAGUCGGGAGACGAGCAUUCACAGGCAUUUAGGGUGGAACAUUCCUCAGGUCAGAAGAGGAAGGUAGAUCAGAAGGCUUUCGAGCCUCACCCCCAUCAGAAGAUUCAAAGCUCAGGCAGACCGCUUCAACACUUUAAGCAACAGGUUGCCGAGGCAGCAAAGGAGAAGAUAAAAGCAUGUCAGAUUGAAGUAGCGAGUCGUACACUGGAUGUGACUUUAAUAGUCUUAGACAUGCGAGAUUUUGAUGUGAUUUUGGGCAUGGAUUGGCUAGUUAUUAAUCAUGCCAGUAUAGACUGCUCUCGCAAGGAGAUGAUUUUUAACCCUCCCACAGGAGCCAGCUUUAAAUUUAAAGAGGCGGGGACCGUGGUCCAACCCAAAGUAAUUUCCGCCAUGAAAGCCCAGAGAGAGCCUGAGGUCUCCUUGACUUUGGAGCCAGUAGUACAAGACUACCUGGAUGUCUUUCCAAAGGAUCUCCCAGGUCUACCGCCGCAUCGGGAGAUAGACUUUGCUAUCGAGUUGGAGUCAGGCAAAGCUCCGUACAUAAUGGCUCUAGCAGAACUGAAGGAGCUUAAGGUUCAGUUGCAAGAGUUGUUGAAUAAAGUAUUCAUGGACCUAAUGAAUAGAGUGUUUAAGGAAUUUAUUGACACCUUUGUGAUAGUCUUCAUAGAUGACAUUUUGGUUUAUCCCAAGAUAGAGACAGAACACGAGGAGCAUUUACAAAAGGUGUCCUUUCUAAGGCAUGUGGUGUCCAAGGAAGGUGUAUCUGUUGACCUCACAAAGAUUGAGGCAAUCACGAGUUGGCCUUGUCCAACCACAGUUGGAGAGGCUUGUGAGGAUAGUUUCCAGGAUCUCGAGCAAAGGUUGGUUAUUACCUCAAUUCUCACCAUGCCGGAUGGAACAGGUGGUUUUGUUAUUUACAGUGAUGCCUCCAAGAGAGGUUUGGGGUGCGUAUUGAUGCAGCAAGGUAAGGUAGUUGUUUAUGCCUCUUAUCAGUUAAAGAACCAUGAAUGGAACUAUCCCACACAUGAUUUGGAAUUGGCAACAGUGGUUUUUGCUUUAAAAAUCUGGAGGCACUACUUGUAUGGCGAAAAGAUACAGAUUUUCACCGACCACAAGAGUUUAAAAUACUUCUUCACUCAGAAGGAGUUAAACAUGAGGCAGCGUAGGUGGUUGGAGCUAGUGAAGGAUUAUGAUUGCGAGAUUAUGUACCACCCAGGGAAGACAAAUGUAAUGGCGGAUGCUCUAAGUAGGAAGGUAGCCCAUUCAGCAGCCCUUAUCACUAGACAGACCCAGUUAUGUAAGGACCUGGAACGGGCCGAGAAAGCAGUGGUGGUAGGGGAGGUCUCUGCACAGUUAGCACAGUUAUCAGUACAAACGAGUUUGAGGCAAAGAAUUAUUAAUGUUCAAUAG